AUUUGAUGUUACUCCCGCUGUAGCUAGCAGAACUACUUUCAUUGCUGUAUGCGUUCUUUUGUGAGGGAACAUUAUCGAUAAAAAUAUAUUUCCCUUUACAUAAACGUCUUGGACAUGGCGGGAAACUUCUGGCAGAGUUCUCAUUAUCUGCAGUGGGUUCUGGAUAAACAGGAUCUGAUGAAAGAGCGCCAGAAGGACCUGAAGUUCCUCACAGAAGAGGAGUAUUGGAAGCUGCAGAUCUUUUUCGCCAACGUGAUCCAGGCUCUGGGUGAGCACCUGAAGCUCAGACAGCAGGUCAUUGCUACUGCCACAGUGUACUUCAAACGCUUCUAUGCCAGGUAUUCUCUUAAAAGUAUAGACCCUGUGCUCAUGGCUCCUACCUGUGUUUUCCUGGCCUCUAAAGUUGAGGAAUUUGGAGUUGUGUCCAACACCAGGCUGAUUUCUGCUGCGACGUCCGUGUUGAAAACGAGAUUCUCCUACGCCUUUCCAAAGGAGUUUCCCUACAGAAUGAAUCAUAUAUUGGAGUGUGAGUUCUACCUUUUGGAGUUGAUGGACUGCUGCCUGAUUGUGUACCACCCUUAUAGACCGUUGCUGCAGUACGUGCAGGACAUGGGACAGGAGGACAUGCUGCUGCCUCUGGCCUGGCGAAUAGUGAAUGAUACUUACAGGACAGAUCUGUGCCUGCUCUACCCUCCCUUCAUGAUCGCCCUGGCCUGUCUUCAUGUUGCCUGCGUUGUGCAGCAAAAAGAUGCCAGGCAGUGGUUUGCUGAGCUAUCAGUGGACAUGGACAAAAUCCUGGAGAUCAUCCGUGUCAUCCUGAAGCUCUAUGACCAGUGGAAAAAUUUUGAUGAUAGGAAAGAGAUAGCUGCUGUGCUAAACAAGAUGCCCAAACCCAAACCACCUCCAAACAGUGAGAGUGAUCAGAGCUCCAAUGGGAACCAAAGCAACUCCUACAGCCAGUCUUAGCGUCUUGUCUGCGUUUCCACGUGAACCCGUGAUGUUAAACUUUGGGAGGGGUUGAAAGGUUUCAAACAAACUUUGCACAAUCAUACAGAGACCGAUCAUCAUAAAUUUAGGUGUGUCUCAGCUUCUCUGAUUGUUAUGGAUUUGUGGACUGACCAGGGAGUGAUUGAGAAGUCUCCAGUGAGCAGCAAACCUUCUCCAUUAGGCCAACCACUCUGAUAUGAAUAAGGCAGAACAGUGGAGCAGGAAGCUGACACGGGGGAGCAGAUGUGAUCGCUCUGUAAAAACUCAUCAUUGUGAUGAUCCUGACACCCUUGAACCACCCUGAGGAGUCAUUCCACGCGGAGCUCCGUGGGAUUGGAGAAAAACCUGAUCACAAGUGCUGUGGUUUGUCUGUGUGGAAAGCAGGCUGGGUGGGGUUUCAUUCCUCAGGGACCUCUGCUCUCUGAAUGCAUUUUUAUUGAGAUAAUUCCGCUCUCAAGACGUGAGACUCCUAAUUUCUAAAAGGUCUUCAGCCUGAUCUAACUGUACGGAAAGUGGAAGGCUCACUUUUAAAGUGGAAAGUAGUUCUGUGAAAGCAAUUUACUGUUUCCUCCCGAUCCCUUCUCUUUUGUAAAUAGCUUUACAAUUUUGAAUUGUUUUGCUUUCUUUAAAAGAAGUUUUGACUUUGACUUUGUGCGAAAGUUCAGCUGUUUUAGUGGAUAUAUUUGUUGGAAUUUUCAUUGGUGUUUGGCCUGUGUUAUGAAACUUUUAAAAUCAUUUCUUGACAACAGUUUGGAGUAAAUGCUAACCUAAACUAGCUCUAUGAGUCAUUUACUUUCUAUCUGCCCUCUGCCGGCUUAUAAAACACCUAACUGCUGUGACAUGUCUGCAUUUACCUGCAGAUGUCUGUCAAUGUGAUUCAACGGAAGGUGUUUUUGAGUGGGCAUUAUUAAAAGCACACACAUUCAGGUAACAUGUGAAAUAUGUCUAUAGUAUUAAUAAAUUACUUGCUUUCAUCUUUGUUUUGCUUUCUCUGGCAAAGUUGGAAAAUGUAAUGCUGACGAUACAAAUUGUUUAUUUUUUGUUUGUUUGUUUGAGGCUGUAGUGAGACCCCUCGUGGUGAAGCUGGGGGAUACGUAACACUCAUUGUCAAAACAGUUAAAAACUUAAAAGAAAAGAUGCGAACAAUGUUUUAACAGUAUUGCGUUAAGUUUUAAGUUAAAAGUCUAUUUUUCGUGUAAACGUGCUUCUAAUUGUCUUGACCUUUGGUACAGUCGAUUCUAGUGACAUAACUCGGAGCCCAAAGCCUGGAGAAGAUAGCGGAAGUUGUAGCACAAAGUACAUCAUGUCUCCUUCAAAAUUAGAGCUUUAACUCAUUCUUGGGAAUUUGCAAUAGUUGACACAAAGUCUCCAAAGGUUGUUUGGAUCUUAUAAAAGUGUGCUCUUGAAAAAAUAAAUUGAGUGAAGUGAAACAAAUCUGAGGAAAACUUAAAACUAAAAUGAAUAAUUUUCACAGAAUAUGCAGAUGCAUCUCAGAUUGUCACUGUUCAGUUUUUUUUUUGCUCAUUCUUUUUUGCUUUUUUAAAAUCAGUAUUUUGUUUUUGUUGUAAAUCCACAUUUUUAUGAGUAGAUCUUUUUGUCUCCGUUUUUACUGGUAAAAGUAUUUACUGCUGUUUUAGCUGCUGCAUAAUGUCUUAUUUUAUUUGCCACAGUGUCACUAAGUAAAAUUUGGUCCUCC